GCCGAGUAGAAUCCAGUUCCGUGUUUUCUCCCCUGCUGUCCUCGGAGGUCAUCGCUGUGGAGGACAGGAAGCAUGUCAGGUUCUGUUGUCAUGUGUGAAGAGGUUCUGCUUUAAUUCACAGCUGAUUCGUUGACUUUGGACACAGCAGCACCAUGAGCACCGGAGUGAGCCGGACCGUCCUGCACAGGCUGCGGGCCGCCGGUUCUGCUCCGGCCGCCUCGUCAGGCAGCUGGAGCCGGCUCCCGUCCUCCUGCUGCAGACUCCCGGCCGGGCCGAGGUGUGAGGCCCGCAGAGCGCUGUCGGUACCGGGCCGGGGCACCAUGAACGUGUUCAACAGGGAGAUGAAGAAGAGGCAGAAGAACUGGGCCGCUUCACUGCAGGACGGACACCAGUACGACUACCUGAGGGACGAGGUGGGCAGUCGGGUGGCAGAUCGGGUCUAUGACAUCACGAGGACGUUUCCUCUCGCUCUGGACAUCGGUGCUGGAAAAAGUCACAUCGCAGAGCAUUUAAGCAAGGAUGUGGUGGAGCGUUUGUUCCUCACAGACGUCUCAGAGAAAACUCUGAAACAGAGCCGGCAGAGUGAGAUCCCGACUCAUUGUGUUCUAGCUGACGAGGAGUUUCUGCCGUUUAAAGAAAACACCUUCGACCUGGUGGUGAGCAGCCUGAGUCUGCACUGGAUCAACGAUCUGCCCGGAGCUCUCAGACAGAUCCACCAGGUGCUGAAGCCGGACGGGGUGUUCAUCGGGGCGAUGGUGGGCGGAGAGACGCUGUACGAGCUGCGCUGUUCCCUCCAGCUGGCCGAGACGGAGAGGGAGGGAGGAUUUUCCCCCCACGUCUCCCCCUACACGGCCGUCACCGACCUGGGCAACCUGCUGGGCCAGGCCGGCUUCAGCAUGCUCACUGUGGACAUCGAUGACGUUCAGGUUCACUAUCCAGGAAUCACUGAAGUCAUGACGGACUUACAAGGUAUGGGUGAGAGUAACUGUGCCUGGAACAGAAGGUCGCUGCUGCACAGAGACACCAUAUUAGCAGCAGCAGCUAUCUAUAAAGAGAUGUACGGUAACGAGGACGGGUCCGUCCCUGCCACCUUCGAGAUCCUCUACAUGAUUGGCUGGAAGCCUCAUGAGUCACAGGCCAAACCAGCGAAGCGAGGCUCAGGUACAGUGUCGUUCGGGGAUUUAUCAAAGAUCGGCCAGCCAACCAACAAUAAGACGACAUAGAAGCAUCUGAGCCCACAAACAGCUGACGUGCUGCAGAUUGUAAAUAAGAUAUUUUAUUUAAAGUGCUGUGUUUUGUAGCCGGGUUAAAAGAAGAAGAUGUGUCAUCAUGAUGUUCUCUGGAAUAAAGUUGAGCAAUGAUAAAA